AUGGCAUAUGAGCUCAGGCUGUACAAUAAUUUUCAUGAUCCGAACAUUAACCUUCUACUCAGUGCUCUUGCUAGUGGAAGAUGGACAAAGUUCUGGCUGGUGAAGACGAUGUUGGAUCCAAACCAGCAGGUCCUCGCGGAUUUUGCCUCCGAGCGCAUGUGCCUUCAUGCUUUGGAAAGCUUAGGCAGAAGCUACCUCAACUUCGAACUGUCGUACUUAGAGCAAGCUGUACAAAAGUCUUGGGGCUCUCUGACAAAGGUAUACGACAUCAAGUGGACCUUGGAUGGUAAUAAAGUUACGGUUGCCGUUAUUACUGGCAGUGGGCAGGGUAUCGGGGCUGAAACGGCGAGACUCUUUGCGAAAGAAGGCGCUCAUGUUGUUGUACAAGACAUUGAUGCCAGCAAAGCCGAGGCUGUAUCGAAGGAGAUUAACGAUUCGGGCGGUAGAGCCAUAGCUAUCCCAGGUGAUAUGCUGGAUUCUCAACACAUCGCGGACCUAGUGAAGAAGAGCGCCGAAUUCGGCCAUGGCCGCCUGCAUUGCCUCAUAAAUUGCGCAGGCUUUACUUGGGAUGGAGUCAUCCACAAGAUGACCGACAAGCAAUGGGACACUAUACUCGCCCUGCACAAUACUGCGCCCUUUAAGCUGGUGAGAGCCGCUGCGCCCUAUUUCAGAGUCAAGGAUGGGCAACCAAGGAACAUCAUCAAUAUCAGCAGUACCUCUGGCAUCCAUGGCAACGCUGGACAAGCUAACUAUGGACUUGCCAAAGCCGGCGUAACGGGUCUCACCAAGGUCAUCGCAAAGGAAUGGGGUCCGCAAUUCGGUGUUCGAGCAAACACAGUAGCUUUCGGGCACAUCUCAACCCGUUUAACUGCCGCAAAAGAAGAGGGUGCUUUCGUCACGACUCCGGACGGCCAAAAGGUAGCGCUUGGUAUUCCGAAGGCACAAAAGGAGGCAUUGGGCGAACAGGCGUACAUGGAUAUACCUCUGCGUCGUGCCGGCACCGCGACAGAGGCUGCAAGUGUGAUAUUAGCUGUUGCUAGUCCCCUUUUUAGCUAUGUCAGUGGUCAAACCAUAAUGGUCACCGGAGGACGCAACAUGUAA